ACAGGUGUUCACGUGAACCCUUCGUGGGGUUUGAAGUGGCUCGACAGAACUGUGUCACUAAUGAAUCCACAGAGGAGACUGUUCAGCAGUCGGGGGUCGGCUCCGCAUCGGUUCAAUUUGUGACUCGUUUACACAAAACCCAGUGUUCCGAGUCUCGUUAUUAAAAUGACAUCGAGAUAGACUUUGCUGCUCCGACAAUAAGCGGUUAAACAUCCGGUGAUUCACGGGAACUAUUCGAGUUUGCUCUGCAUGUUUCCUCCAAAGUCCACCAUGCCGAUUGACAUGGCAUUACCCCUCUACCUGUCCCAAGAGGAGUUUGGCUACAGGACAAGUCCGAAACAUUUCCAGCCACAGAACUCUUGCCUAAGGUUUGAACAGUCAAAAUGUGUUGAGCAGAUUGACCACAAAGAUGAAAAACCUUCCAGUAAGAACAGUAAAAAGGCCAAAAAGCAGGUGACCUUCGCAGAUCACAAAGGCCUUUCCUUAACUAAGGUGAAGGUUUUCUCUGAAUUUAAUGAUCCGAUUGAUAUUCCUCUAAGUAUACAAAAGAUGUUGAAGUGUGCCAUCAGUGUGGUAUCAGAGAAGGACAAAUUGGUGCUGGAUUUUACCCAGCCGUCCUCAGAUUACCUGCGCUUUCGCCAAUCCUUGGAGAAAAACUACGUGUGCCUGGAGCACUGCAUGUUGAAAGAAAAGGCAAUGGCAGGAACAGUCAAGGUAAAAAAUGUGUCCUUUGAAAAGGCUGUGAAACUGCGAGUGACCUUUGACACCUGGAAAAGCCACACAGAUGUAGAAUGCAUGUAUAUUAAGGACACGUAUCCGAGUUCAUACAGUGACACGUUCUCCUUUGAGGUCUCUCUGCCUGAAGACCUGAGGCCGCAUGAACACAUCGAGUUUGCCAUCUGCUAUCAAGUAGGUGGUUGUGAAUACUGGGACAGCAAUGAUGGGAAGAAUUAUAAGGUCAUCUGGUCUUCAAUGAAGAAGAGGAAUCUGGACACCUGCAGCCAACAGAGAGACUCCUUUGACCUCGGAAUUCAUUUUGAUCGGUAUGGGAGCCCCACAUGCUCCCAUGGGAUUUUCCCUGACUGGCCAAGUUACGCAGGAUAUGAAAAUAUCGGCCCCUACUACUGAACAGUCUGCAACUUAAGGGGAGUUUCUCCCUU